UUAAAGCAAAGUGAAGCAAAUGCAGACACCAAAGAAAAACUCCCUCUGCGUCUUCGAAUCUUUGAGAAAUUUCCAAACAGACCGCAGAUGGUGAAAAUCUCAAAGCUUCCUUCCGAUUUUACAGUUCCCAAAAUCAGGGAAAGUUUUAUGAAGCAGUUCAUUGAUCGCCAGCAACAGGACACUUGCUGCCUCUUAAGAAGCCUUCCGUCAGCCUCUUCCUCAUCAUGUGAUCACUCCAAACGGUCUGCAAUUGAGGACAACAAAUACAUUGACCAAAAACUUCGCAAGUCUGUUUUCAGCAUCAGGGCAAGGAAUCUUCUAGAAAAGGAGACCGCAGUCACUAAAAUCUUAAGAGCCUGCACUCGACAGCGCAUGCUGAGUGGCUCAUUUGAGGGGCAGCCAGCAAAGGAAAGGUCAAUUCUCAGUGUGCAGCAUCACAUCCGCCAGGAGCGCAGAUCACUAAGACACGGAUCAAACAGCCAGAGGAUCAGCAGGGGGAAAUCUCUUGAAACUCUGACUCAAGAUCAUUCCAAUACAGUGAGAUACAGAAAUGCACAAAGAGAAGACAGUGAAAUAAAGAUGAUCCAAGAGAAAAAGGAGCAAGCAGAAAUGAAAAGGAAAGUGCAAGAAGAGGAGCUGCGAGAGAACCACCCGUACUUCGAUAAGCCACUGUUCAUAGUGGGACGGGAGCACAGGUUCAGAAACUUCUGCCGGGUGGUGGUCCGGGCACGCUUUAAUGCAUCUAAAACAGAUCCUGUCACAGGAGCUGUGAAAAAUACAAAGUACCAUCAACUUUAUGACUUGUUGGGAUUGGUGACUUACCUGGACUGGGUCAUGAUCAUUGUAACCAUCUGCUCCUGCAUUUCCAUGAUGUUCGAAUCUCCCUUCCGAAGAGUCAUGCAUGCACCUACUUUGCAGAUUGCUGAGUAUGUAUUUGUGAUAUUCAUGAGCAUUGAGCUUAAUCUGAAGAUUAUGGCAGAUGGCUUAUUUUUCACUCCAACUGCUGUUAUCAGAGACUUUGGUGGAGUAAUGGACAUAUUUAUUUAUCUUGUGAGCUUGAUAUUUCUUUGUUGGAUGCCUCAAAAUGUGCCUGCUGAAUCAGGAGCUCAGCUCCUCAUGGUGCUUCGGUGCCUAAGGCCGCUGCGGAUAUUCAAACUGGUGCCACAGAUGAGGAAAGUGGUUCGAGAGCUUUUCAGUGGCUUCAAGGAAAUUUUUUUGGUCUCCAUUCUUUUGUUGACAUUAAUGCUUGUUUUCGCAAGCUUUGGAGUUCAGCUUUUUGCUGGGAAACUGGCAAAGUGCAAUGAUCCCAACAUUAUUAGAAGGGAAGAUUGCAAUGGCAUAUUCAGAAUUAAUGUAAGUGUGUCCAAGAACCUAAAUUUAAAGUUAAGACCUGGAGAGAAAAAACCUGGAUUUUGGGUGCCCCGUGUUUGGGCGAAUCCUCGGAACUUUAAUUUCGACAAUGUUGGAAACGCUAUGCUGGCGUUGUUUGAAGUGCUCUCCUUGAAAGGCUGGGUGGAAGUGAGGGAUGUUAUUAUUCAUCGUGUGGGGCCGAUGCAUGGAAUCUAUAUUCAUGUUUUUGUAUUCCUGGGUUGCAUGAUUGGACUGACCCUUUUUGUUGGAGUAGUUAUUGCUAAUUUCAAUGAAAACAAGGGGACGGCUCUGCUGACUGUAGAUCAGAGAAGAUGGGAAGAUCUGAAGAGCCGACUGAAGAUAGCACAGCCUCUUCAUCUCCCACCUCGCCCGGAUAAUGAUGGCUUUAGAGCCAAGAUGUAUGACAUAACCCAGCACCCGUUUUUUAAGAGGACAAUUGCUUUACUCGUCCUGGCCCAGUCGGUACUGCUCUCUGUCAAGUGGGACGUCGAGGACCCAGUGACUGUUCCUUUGGCAACAAUGUCAGUUGUUUUCACCUUCAUCUUUGUUCUCGAGGUUACAAUGAAGAUCAUAGCAAUGUCACCUGCAGGCUUCUGGCAAAGCAGAAGAAAUCGAUAUGACCUGCUGGUGACCUCACUCGGCAUUGUCUGGGUGGUACUUCACUUUGCCCUCCUGAAUGCAUAUACCUACAUGAUGGGCGCAUGUGUGAUUGUCUUUAGGUUUUUCUCGAUCUGUGGAAAGCAUGUAACGCUGAAGAUGCUCCUCCUGACGGUGGUCGUCAGCAUGUAUAAAAGCUUCUUUAUCAUCGUAGGAAUGUUCCUAUUGCUGCUGUGUUACGCUUUCGCUGGCGUUGUCUUAUUUGGUACUGUGAAAUAUGGAGAGAACAUUAACAGGCAUGCAAACUUCUCUUCAGCUGGCAAAGCUAUUACCGUACUGUUCCGAAUUGUCACGGGCGAAGACUGGAACAAGAUUAUGCAUGACUGUAUGGUCCAGCCACCCUUUUGUACUCCAGAUGAAUUUACAUACUGGGCAACAGACUGUGGGAAUUAUGCUGGGGCACUUAUGUAUUUCUGUUCGUUUUAUGUCAUCAUUGCCUACAUCAUGCUAAAUUUACUUGUAGCCAUAAUUGUGGAGAAUUUCUCCUUGUUUUAUUCCACUGAGGAGGACCAGCUUUUAAGUUACAAUGAUCUUCGCCACUUUCAGAUCAUAUGGAAUAUGGUGGAUGAUAAACGAGAGGGGGUGAUCCCGACCUUCCGCGUGAAGUUCCUGCUGCGGCUGCUGCGGGGGCGGCUGGAGGUGGACCUGGACAAGGACAAGCUUCUGUUCAAGCACAUGUGCUACGAGAUGGAGAGGCUGCACAACGGCGGCGACGUCACCUUCCACGAUGUCCUAAGCAUGCUCUCCUACCGGUCGGUUGACAUCCGCAAGAGUCUGCAGUUGGAGGAGCUGCUUGCCAGGGAGCAGCUGGAGUACACCAUUGAGGAGGAAGUGGCCAAGCAGACCAUCCGCAUGUGGCUGAAGAAGUGCUUAAAGCGCAUCAGAGCCAAACAGCAGCAGUCGUGCAGCAUUAUCCACAGCCUGAGAGAGAGCCAGCAGCAGGAGCUGAGCCGGUUUCUGAAUCCCCCCAGUAUCGAGACCACCCAGCCCAGUGAAGACAUGAACGCCAACAGUCAGGAUAAUAACAUGCAACCUGAGGACUUGUUCAUCAAAAGCAUUAGAUGGGAAUACCAUGGUUUUUCAGGAAUGACUUGCAACACAGUAAAACACCAUUUUGCUCAUAGGACUUUGGUUAAUUCCACAGCACCAAAGCCAAUAAGCCAUUCAGUGUCUUCAGUCAACUUACGGUUUGGAGGGCGGACAACCAUGAAAUCUGUGGUGUGCAAAAUGAACCCCAUGACUGACACAGCUUCCUGUGGUUCUGAAGUUAAGAAGUGGUGGACCCGGCAGCUGACCGUGGAGAGCGACGAAAGUGGAGAUGACCUUCUGGAUAUUUAGGUGGAAAUCAAUGCAGAUGGCAGUCUAAUGGUGAAAAGUACUUUCUAAUAUUUUCCUCCAUUGUCCAGUCAACAAUCCAUAAUUGAAUUCCAAUUUGUCCUGCGUAGGAAGGCAUAAAAACUGGUCUGUCAGAAUUGUGCAAAUGAUGGGUUAUUACCAUGUGUUUGAGACAAUUUGCAUAAUGGCAGUAUUAGAAAUAUUAGAAACUAUACCAACACCAGAUAUAGAUUGUUCAAAAAUUCUACAUAUUCUGUCUAUGUAAACUAAGAUAUAUAUUCAUAUGCGCUCUUAUAUAUUAUUACCAC